AUGUGGUUCAGGGACCCAUUCCCACAUUUUACUUCGGAUGCAGAUUUUCAGAUUGCCUGUGACCAUUUCUCAGGUGACCCUAAUGAUGUGGAGAACAGACCCAAUGGAGGCUUUAAGUUUGUAAGGUCCAAUAACCAGUCAAUAGGGUUUUACAAGUUCUG